GAUGUCGAAAAAUGUGAAACAUUACUGAGAAUUCCACAUUUGCUGCCUUUUGGGGAAGCCAUCGAGGAACUGAAGUAUACGUGAAUGUUUGCAUGGUUGCCAACGCUUAUGGGACACGGGAAAUUUUAGGAACUAUCAGGUUGAUGGAUUUAUGCAAGCUUGAACAGAUAACCGAAGCGUGGCUCACGCAUAUCGGAACCCAUGAAAACACCUGUCACUUUUCAUUAUUCCAUAAUUCAAAGCACGUGACGUUUAUUUGAAGAAAUUGGUCGUCUUGGAUAAACUAGACACACUUUCACUGAAUGUGGCAAGAAUAAUCUGAUUGCCAGCUGAAGUCUGAGAGUGGUGGAGCGCAAUGGGGAACAAGCAGUCAUGCUGUAUUUAUGCUAGCCCUAAGAGUAGCCGAGACCAGCGAAAGGAGGCAUACAGGCCUGCCGCAGCUCAUGCUGAAGAUCGCCAAAGGAAUUCUCAAGCCAGCUAUUCAAAUGUCCCAAUACUUCAACAUAUCAGUGAAAGAGAGCCUGAAGAUAAUGAGGCUGACCCAUCGAACAACCCAACAGCAAGUACAAUGUUUAUAGCUCGCUCAAAGAGUGAGAUUCAGAAAAACAACAAAGUUAGACGACGAAGUCAGUAUGAUAAUCAUAAUCAUACACCACAGUAUGGCCGGCUCUCAAAGAAAUACAGUUCGUGUUCAACAAUAUUUAUAGAUGACUCUACUGUUUCACAGCCCAAUUUAAAAAAUACAAUCAAAGCUGUUGCCUUGGCGAUUUUUUUCCACAUCAAAAACCGGGACCUGAAUGGAGGGGUGGACAUGAUAGACAGCAAAUAUAUGGACAUUUUUGAUGAAAAAUUACAUCCGCUUUCGAAGGAUCAUGUUCCCAGUGACUACGACAAACGGGACCCUGAACACAAAACUAUUUACAGAUUUGUCAGGACAUUGUUCAACGCGGCACAGUUGACAGCCGAAUGUGCAAUAGUUACCCUGGUGUACUUGGAGAGAUUGUUAAUGAAUGCAGAGUUUGAUCUCUCGCCAGCCAAUUGGAAGAGGAUUGUGUUGGGGGCUAUUUUGCUGGCGUCAAAAGUCUGGGAUGACCAAGCCGUGUGGAACGUUGAUUAUUGCCAAAUACUCAAAGAUAUCUCAGUCGAAGACAUGAAUGAAUUGGAACGACAGUUUUUGGAAAUGUUGCAGUUUAACAUCAACGUACCAUCUAGUGUCUACGCCAAGUAUUACUUUGAUCUUCGGGCGCUGGCCGACGCCCACGACUUGUCUUUUCCACUGGAACCUCUCAGCAAAGAAAGGGCUCUAAAACUGGAGGCUAUGUCUAGUGUAUGUGAAGACAAGAUGAAAAUGUGGUUAAAAACAGAUCUGCGACGUUCUACUAGUCUAGAUGGACUAACUUCAUUACCAAGGAGCACAAAAGCCAUUUUGUCAUAGCAUCUAAACGAAGUAGGCCAAUUGUUAGAGAACAUUUUUCUCCCCGAUGCAGGAGAGUGAUACCAAAGCUACCUUCCAGCCGAAGAGUAACACUUCGAAGGAAGAUGGCUAUAAUAUUCUCAUCAAUGACUUCCUCUUCUGCUACAGCUGUGAAACUUUGUGAUAUGGUGGUGUCAUUGUUGUUCCAUGUUUUUUGUACAGCCCUACUGUUAUAGCAAUGAUCGAAAGAAGCAUCCAGGAAAGGAUACCCUGUUCCCAGAGUUAUUUCCCCUGAAACUGCAUUCAGAAGAGGGAGCUAUUGUGUAAAUGUUAACAAUGUGGUGACAGUGGUCAGGAUUUUAGGUCACUUUCGAGAAAGAUUAUUUAAUCCUACAAUAAUUGUAUAUGGUUUAUCAAAAGCGAUGUGAAAGGCACAUGUAAAUUUUUUUUUUUUUUUGUAAUUUUUUUAAUGCAUUUUAUAGGAAUGUGAAUGGUAUCCAGGCUUCUUGACGAUGUAGCAAGUAAGUAAGUAUCAUUGUAAUGUGGUUUUCACUUUUUUUUUAAUUCUUCUCUCCAAAGUCACUUUUUUAGGUCUGCUUUGGAUUCUUGUGUUAUAAUAUAUCUAUAAACAGAAUAUGACCCAAUUGGUUGUAAAUUAUGGAUCCAAAAUCUUCUUUUUAUUUAUUAAUAUGUACUGUGUGCAUGUACAACAUGUAUGACGUGUGUUGUAUAGGAAAUUGUUUUUCAGAUUUAUUAAUGAACUGUUAUAUACAUGUAUAUUGUACAGCUCUCUAAUAACCUGAUUUCAUUUUUGCAAAUACUACCAAAAGGCACUGGAAGAUUUCGCUGGAACGAUGGCAUUACAGUGAGGCAUUUUUAGAAAACUGUUGCAACAAGUACAUGUAUACCGUAAAUUACCUAAAAAUUUAACACCAAAACUUACAUUUUUAAAAAUGAUAAAAGUCAUAAAAUCUUAAUUUUGGCCAUUACUUCUGUGCACAGAGAACAUUUUAGACUAUUUGAAGUCCUUGAGCAAGCUUUGUAGAACACAACUGAUGUCAAGUUAAGCAAACUUUGUAGAACAGAACUCAUGUCAUGUUUCAAUGAGAUUUAUAAUUUACAGCGCCAGGAAGUGUACUUUGGAAACAUUUUGCCCAUUAAAUGAACAGGCAUUUAUGACAUCAUGACAUGAUCAUCAUGAAAUCAUGCUGGUAUAACAUCAUGCUGGUAUGCCAUCAUGCCGGUAUGACAUUAUGCC